AUGGAUAAAAUGGCAACUGGACAUGAAAAUGGGAAAACUGAUGCACCCAUUCCGCCAGUUCGAAGUGUUCUUGACCCGUACAGCUCAAAGAUAGAGUUAACUUGCAAUGGCUCUAGAGAAGACUUGGACCCCUACGUACCUGCACAAAACAGACCAUUGGAAUCAAAUACAUCGAGCUUCGGAGCGCUGGCUCAUCUUUUAAAGGCUUCUCUUGGUUCCGGAGUACUUGCUAUGCCCUUGGCUUUUAAAAAUGCUGGGCUUCUUGUUGGAUGCUUUGGAACUGUUAUUAUUGGCUUUAUUUGUGCUCACGUCAUACAUGUUUUGGUUAAAACUUCACAGCAACUUUGCAUCGAGGUGAAAAAGCCAUGUUUGGGAUAUGCCGAUACUUGUGAUUUAGUAUUUCAGAAUGGGCCUAAAUCCGUUAGGCGUUUUGCACCACAUGUCAGAGAAUUAGCAGAUUGGGCGUUGGCUGUUACGCACCUCGGUGCUUGUUGUGUGUACGUUGUUGUUAUUUCGGAAUCAUUUAAGCAGAUAUCAGAUGAAUACGGAGGUCCCAAAUGGUCGGUUUCCGCUUUCUGUGCUCUGUGCCUCGUGGUCCUGAUACCACUGAAUCAAAUAACAAAACUGAAGUACCUCGUUCCUUUCUCAGCGGUCGCCAAUUUUGUUUGGCUUGGUUCCAUUUGUAUAUCUAUUUACUACUGUCUCAGAGACCCUCCACCAAUAUCAUCAAGGAAUAUGUCUACUUCAAUAGCUGGGCUGCCAAACUUUAUAAGUACAUCCUUAUUCGCUAUGGAAGGAAUAGGCGUGGUUAUGCCAAUAGAGAAUGAAAUGCUGAAACCACAGCACUUCCUUGGCUGCCCUGGUGUCUUGAACAUUGCCAUGAGCGCUGUAGUGGCAUUGUAUGGGUUUGUGGGCUUUUGUGGCUACCUCAGUUUUGGUGAAACUGUAAGAGGAAGCCUCACACUCAACCUACCGCAGGAUGAAAUCCUUGCUCAGACCGCUAAAAUUCUGGUGGCGUGCGUGAUGAUCCUCUCCUACGCUCUCAUAUUUUACGUGCCAGUUGACGUCGCUUGGAGGCGGAUAUGUGAUAGGAUACCCGUCAGUAAACAUAGAUGGGCUCUGGCAGCUCUCAGGCUAUUUGGAACUUUUUUAACAGUUGGCCUGGCCUGUGCAAUACCAAGACUGGAGCUUUUCAUGGAGUUAGUAGGUGCCAUCUGUCUGUCCUGUCUUGGCCUGUCGCUUCCUGCCAUAACUGAAACCGUCUGGCGAUGGGGCAAGGACCUCGGCCCUUACAAAAUAGUGCUGAUAAAAAAUGCCAUAAUAGUUGUUAUAUCUCUGAUAGCUAUGGUCUCUGGUGUGACUUUCUCUAUUAAAACUAUGAUAGACAGCUUGUGA